GAGAGAGUAGGGGGAGAGAGAGAGAGAGAGAGAGAGAGCGAGAGAGAGGGAGGGAGAAAGAGAGAGAGUGAGACAGAGAGAGGGGUGGUAUAUUGACUCAAUCCAGCAGCAGCUGUUCUUCAGUGAGAGAGACAGAGGACGUGAGCGAAGAUGGAGCAACGAAGCAGAUGAAGACUGUCUUUAGGUGUCAUCUUCCCCAUACAAAAUCCCUUUUGUACAUUCUACAGUACAGAUAUUAGAUAUAGGGACUGAGAGGGAACAACAGUGCAUUAAAACUGCACUGAGAGAAAGAGCCAACUCAGUACAGUACAGACAGAGCAGCUACACUACAGUCCGUUAACAGUGCCCUGGGACAGUUAAUAUUACACAGUUAUAGAUAUUAGACUCUACGGUAAAAACAUUCUGUGACUCAUCAGGCACUUAUACCCACCGAGAGAGGGUUAAAAGAACAGCUAUACUGACUGACAGAGCUCUGAAGAAAACGUGAGGGUUCGAGAGGAGGGGGGGAGAGAGAGAAAGAGAGAGCAAGAGAGAGAGAGAGAUAGAUAGAUGUCCACACCUCUCUGCUCCCCACCCUUUUCACCCUUCUGUCCUCCCCUCCUCAUCCACCCGUCCACCUCUCUCUCUCUCUCUCCGACCGUCCACCCUCUCUGCCCGCCUCUCGCCCGGCGAUGAGCCUGUCCAAACCGCACCCGCCUCAGACGCACUUCCUGCCCCGCUCGCCGCCCGGAAACCCUUCCUCGGCCCUCUCGCUGCCCGCCGCCGACCCCCCGCUGUCCCCGUCCCCCGCCCCGUCCCCCGUCAAGAUCUCCAUGCAGGAGCACUUCGCCAUCAACGUGUGCCCCGGCCCCAUCCUGCCCAUCCCGCAGAUCUCCGACUUCUUCCCCCGCUUCCGCGACUUCCCCUCCACCCCCCCGCCGCAGAGAGAGAGGCAGCCGGAGAAGGACCGAGAGAGGGACGGAGAGAGGGACAGGGAGGGCGAGAGGGAGAGGGAGGAGGUGGAGGAGAGGGAGACGCAGGAAGUCGCGGACUCCGAUGACGACGACGAGACGUAUCUGGGUACUUUGGAAUUCACUUUGCUGUUCGAUCAAGAGAGUAACUGUCUGCACUGCACUAUAGUCAAAGCGAAGGGCCUGAAGGCCAUGGACUCCAACGGUCUUGCCGACCCCUACGUCAAACUGCAUCUCCUACCAGGAGCUAGCAAGGCAAACAAACUGCGGACCAAGACCCUGAAGAACACCCUGAACCCGGUGUGGAAUGAAACUUUGAUUUACCACGGAAUCACUGCUGCUGACAUGACCACCAAAACACUCAGGCUGUGUGUGUGCGAUAUGGACAGACUGGGGCGCAACGAGUUCAUUGGGGAGGUGAUGGUGGCUUUGAAGAGGCUGAGAUUCGGGGAGACCAAGAAGUACAACAUGGGCCUGGAGAGGCAGGCGCAGAACAGAGAGAUGAAUAUCCAAAACCAAGAGCAAGGCACACCUGUGGCAGAGGAAGAGCGGGGCCGUAUCUUGGUGUCUCUGCUUUACAACACAGAGAAGCAGGCUCUCGUCGUGGGGAUCGUGCGCUGCGCUCACCUGGCUGCCAUGGACUCUAACGGAUACUCUGAUCCCUUCGUGAAGAUAAUACUGCAGCCUGACAUGGGGAAGAAAUCCAAGAACAAAACGUCUGUUAAGAAGAAAACGCUCAACCCGGAGUUCAAUGAGGAGUUUGUGUACGAUGUUCCGCACGACCAGCUGGCCAAGAAGACCCUGGAGAUCUCGGUGUGGGACUAUGACCUGGGAAUGAGCAACGACUUCAUAGGAGGAGUGGAGCUGGGAAUCAAUGCUAAAGGAGAUAGGCUGAAGCAAUGGUUCGAGUGUCUGAAGCACGCGGGGAAGAAAGUGGAGUACUGGCAUACUCUCACACAGCAGUGUGCCCCCAGCAGUGACUGAUGCACACACACACACACACACACGCACCCACACAUACAUACACACAUACACACAUGCACGCACGCACGCACACACACACACACACGCACACACACACACAUACAAACAAACAGGCAUGCACACAUACAGGAACACACCUUGAUGCAAACCCCCCCUCCUCCCACAAAAACACACACACACACAAAUAUAUAUAAUAACUAACAAUAAAUGAUAUCCAGAUAAUUCAAAUAUAUAUCUUCUGGCUAAUUACCCACUGCACAGUAGCUGCAAUAAUAAUAAUUAUAAUACUAAUAAUACUAAUAAUAAUAAUAAUAAUAUUAAUGGCAACAGUUUAUAUUAAGUGUCUUUUUUACGGACAUUUUAAAAUGCACACUCAGAUGUUAUUUUUGUGGAUGAUGUUUGUGUUGAUUCAGCAGCCUCGGAAACAGCGUUUCCCCGAGCCUGCCUUCGAAUUUGCGCUCACGUUCGUGAUUUCGCCGGCGUCAUCGUGAAUGUUACACGCCUUUCCUUCCCCCCCCCCCCCCCCCCGACUCCAGCAUGCACACCUAAACUUCGGAAAUGAGUUUGGACGGUCGUUAAGUGUACGUGUGUGUAAUUUGCACGGUAGUUGCUUACUUAUACGUGAGUGUUGAGAGGGACACUUUGUGUAAAGGGUUACCACAGCCGGCUGUGAUCGCGGGUCCUAAUUACAGCCUCCGUCAAUUCGACUGCAGUCGUUUCGGCAGCACAAGAUUAAGCACAACGCAUCCCCAUCUGUUCUCGCACGCGGCUGUGUGUGCCCCCUUCCUUCGUGCGUGCCCCCCCCCCCCCCCGUCGAGUUAUCCGGUCGCUCUGUAAAAAUCCGUGGGUCUGUCUGUCUGUCUGUCUGUCCGUCCGUGUGCCUCUCCACAAAUCGUCUUUGUGUCCGUCCGUGUACCGAGUUCGUCCGUCCGCCCGUCCGUCAGCAUGCACAUUCAGCUGUAAGCAGCGAGGAGCAUGAGAGAGAGUGAGAGAGUGAGAAAGAGAGGCAGAGAGAGAACGAAAGGGAGGAAUGGAGAGAGAGAGAGAGACUGCAGUUCUAUUUUUUGAGGAUACAUUAAUAUUACAUUAAUAGAAAUAUUAUAUAUUGUAUUAUUUAUUACAUAUUUAAUGUACAUCUAAGCCAUACAAGGUGAGGUACAUUCUUCCAUCAGUAUAACAUGCUCAAGUUGCUGUGAUGCUGUAAUGAACCUGUAUCAGGCCAUGAAGGAGGAAAAGAGAGUACUAUGCCUCUGGGGUGGGAUUUGGGGUACAGCACAGCACUUUCUGUGUGUGCGCAUGCCUGAGCGUGUGUGUGCGUGUGCAUGUGCGUGUGCACGUGCGUGCAUGCGAGCAAGUGUGUGCGUGUGUGUGCAUCUGUGUGUGUGAGCGUAUGUGUGUGUGCAUGUGCAUGUGUGUGUGUGUGUGUUCAUGCUGAAUUCAGACUGCAAGGACAUCCAGCAUGGAAGCAGGAUUAGGCCGCCUGUGGGACUGGGAGGACUCGUCUUCUCUCUGCCCUGGAUUCUGGGUGAAGACGGGAUUUUGCCACGCAGGAUGAGUCCCGCUGCACCGGCCCUUUAAGAGACUGAGGCGGUGCUUUGGGGACAGUCGUGGACUACAUUCAGAUCCGAGCGCGUCACAGCGAUUCUGAGCAGGGGAGCCGCAGCCUAACUGGAAAAGCUCAGCGCAUUGGCAAUCUUCUCCGAUGCGGCGAAAGAAAGAGAAUGAACUGGGGUUUAAAAAAUAAUAAUGAAAGCACACCAAACACACCCACAGACAUUAUUUUUGUCCUCCCAACAAAGAAAAAAAAAAUGAAAACAUCUUUUGGUUUUGAACAUCGAAUGGUUCUGUUUGGCUAUUGCAUUUGGCUUCAUUUUAUGCUUGUUAAAAAAAAAAAAAAAAAAAAAAAAUUGGUGUGCAAUUAUAUUGUGACGGUACCGCUGAGGACCACAGUGGCAUUUUUGCGCCAGCCCUACGUUACUGUGAAUGGAGAGACUCGGCAGUGUCCAUGCCAUCCCGGGUAUGGGGUGGCACCACACUGCGGGCACGCAUGGGCGAGAGAACCCAAACCUACAGGACGGUAGCAGGGCCUGGGUAGGGCCCGCAGGCCCUUGAGUUCCACGAGUUUGACGCACCCUGCUGUAGAAGCACAUCCAUGGGCACACGGGACCGCUCCCUGUGCCUCUAUGCACUUGGGAAUAGUGAUGUGUGUGUCGUCAGUAAUGCAAACGCUCAUUUCAGAAUCCAGCAUGAAGAGGAUUGUCUCUCUCUCUCUAUCUCUCUCUCUGUCUCUCUCUCUCUCUCACUGUAACUUUAAACUGCUGAGUGCGGCAGUUACCACAGACAUUGUUUCAUGGUACAGCCAUGCAUGUGUGAAGGGUGCUGUAUUGCAAGCCCUAUUUCUCUGAUAGUAAUAACAUUGCAUUAUUUGUUUUAUCAUUUAUGUUUUUUUUUUUUGUUUUUUUUACAGCUGCACAAUUUGCUGUUAAUUUAGUUUCUUUUGUUUCUUUUUUUUGUACUGGGUGAUUCAGGGUACUGGAUUUUAAUUCAUCAUACUAGUAUGUUUUUGCUUGUUUUGUAAUCUCAACUGCCGUUUUAUGAUGUCUCAGACUCCUCUUUAAAGGAGGACGAUGCAGGAACAAAAUGAUUUAAAAGGAUUUAAAUUGGAAAAUGUGUGAAAGAGCCUAGCUGAAAUUCGCAGCAGCAUUAUGCAAACGUUUCACUCACGGAAAAGGUGUGUGCGUACCCCAGUCGCUGCCCUGUACUGUCACCCGACUGUCUUCGUGGAACAUGUGAUAUGGCUGCCAUCAUGUGGUGGUUCUAUGUAAUUACAGCUCAAAUAAACUGAAUCUGAA